AUGACAGGGCGUUCCAGAUGGAGAUAUCAUUUCCCGUCAGAGGACUAUUCAAGUUGUCAAGGUGUCCAAUUAGACGAAGGUGUGCUAAUAUGGAAUAAACUACCCGAUAAGUUCGCCUAUAUCAAGUCAUUAGUGUUUACAAGUAAUUGUCAAGACGGCACGCCAUUAUAUUCAUCGUUUGUGGAGUUAGAGGAUGAGUGUCCGUAUCUUCCUAUUGUGGCUUUCGAUUGGAAUAGUUAUAUCAACAACGAUGGAUAUACAGGACCGUUCAAAUACAGCAUCUAUUCUGUCAUUUAUUCUGUUACUGCCAACUUUAUCAUCACUGUUUUCCUAACGGUGAUCGUUUUCAUCAACGUUCCUACCAAACCCAGUCGUAAGGCGUCGUACAUUUUGAAAUUGGGUGCGUUGUUGGCAUCAUUAAACCUUUCCAUAUUUGUCAUUAGAGUAUGGAAGAAUAUUGCAGAGAAUUAUACUUAUAAUGGUUAUGUGUCAUCUACAUCGUUUUUGAAUCUUCUUUGGGGCGAUAAGGUAUUUGCUGGUAUCGAUUUAGUUGUUGUAUUCUUAUUGCAGAUUAGCCAGGUGCAGAUUGUGAUGAGAUUCUUUGAUAGAAUGCAAGAGAAGAGGAUGGUUUUCUAUUUUGGGUUGUUCUUAAUCCUUGUGACCCAGAUUUUAUGGGUCAUACCUACUUUGAGUCCAGUACCGACGAAGGAUUCGGAUUCGGAUAUCGAUAUUCUCCCGCCUUUUGUUUAUUUGUUUAGGAUUGCAUUGUCAACCUGUUACGCAAGCGUGAUCUGUUUUCAUGUCCUAACUAAAAAGUCUCUCUGCUUCCGAGGGAGAAUGAUCUUUUUAACUCUUUUGACCAUUUUUACAGUCUUCUUGCAUCCCACGUUCUUCAUCGUCGAUGUAUCAAACUUGUGGAUCGAUGAUCUAAGUGAGAUCUUUAAUACUACGUGUUAUUUGGCCUCCACCGUUAUAGUGUUGGAAUGGACCAAUAGAAUACAUACGAUGGAAAGGAAGAUCCAUGCUGCCAGUGUUCUUGGAAGACCCAUAUACGAGGAUGAAGAGCAGAAUUUCCAUUUCGCCAUUUACGCCUUAAGGAUGCAAAAUGCAAUGAAAAUGCAUAGAGAUGGUCACGUUCAUGAUCAUGGUCACACGUGUGAUUCGAACGACAAUGCAAACGUAAGUCUUCAAAAUGCGAAUACUAAUGAUAGUAGUUCAAUUAUAACUGAUAACUCUUCGCAGAGGACUUCGACAUUCGGGACCAUGGCGACAGACCAAGUCACUCUCCAUACUCAACAAGGUGAACGUAAUAUAACACAGUUCAAGAGAGCGGAAACAUUUUGGAAUAAAUGCCACCAUGUUCUUGAGUCAAUUGUUUACUAUACUGAUAAUGUGAUGGUUAAUGCAUUAGCUGGUUCUAAAACAUUUGACUCUUUCACUAAUGAUGCUGAAAAGUUGCUCAAGACCGAAAGACUUAGGAAAACGGUGGGAUUAGACGAACCUGAAGAUGUUUACUUAUAUCGGAAAACUACUAUGUCUUCAGAUUCUGUCAUGGAAUAG